GCGUCACUAGUAUUACGUAAUGACGAGGUCAGUCGUUCGAGUCGGCUAAUGGGAACUGACGGUAACGGUGUAUAUUUUGCUGGCCAAAAGAUCGAUCGGAAGUGCGCUUGGCUCGAAUGAAAUGGAAUGAGUCAAAGUGCUUUUUUGACGAUAGCCACGAUGAAAUACUUUUCAACGAGGGGAGGGCACGAUCUACUCUCAUUUGAAGAGACUGUUCUUACAGGUCUCGCACCCGAUGGUGGUCUCUACAUACCCGAGUCCAUACCCCAACUCCCAGAGGGCUGGCAAUCUUUAUGGAAGAACUACACUUUCGUAGAUCUCUCCGUCGAGGUCUUGUCCAUGUACAUCUCGCCGAAGGAGAUAUCCCGACAAGAAUUACGCGCUUUAGUCGAGAAAUCCUACAAAACGUUCAGACACCCCGACAUCACACCUCUCAAGAAGUUAAAUGACAAAACCUUCAUUUUGGAACUCUUCCAUGGACCAACAUUUGCGUUCAAGGACGUUGCCUUGCAGCUCCUCGGCAACCUCUUUGAGUUCUUCCUUAUUCGGAGGAACAUGCGGAAAGCAGAGGGUGAGAAGCAGGAGAGGUUAACCGUUGUUGGUGCGACCAGUGGUGAUACCGGCAGCGCCGCAAUAUAUGGCUUGCGUAACAAGUCCAAUAUAUCCAUCUUUAUCCUUCACCCGAAGGGCAGAGUAUCACCCAUCCAGGAGGCUCAAAUGACAACAGUCACUGAUGCAAACGUCCAUAACCUCGCUGUCAAAGGUACUUUUGAUGAUUGCCAGGAUAUCGUUAAAUCCCUCUUCGCCGACCAAGAAUUCAACAGAAAGCACCGUCUAGGCGCAGUCAAUUCUAUCAACUGGGCGCGUAUACUCGCUCAAACAGUAUAUUACUUCCUUUCCUACUUCCACCUUCGACGUCAAAUAGCUGCGACCUCGCCGGAUCAAUCUCUGGAUGACUUAGAUAUCCAAUACGUCGUACCCACAGGAAAUUUUGGUGAUAUUCUUGCGGGAUACUAUGCAAAACGCAUGGGUCUGCCUAUCGGCAAGCUUGUUGUCGCAACCAACUCGAAUGACAUCCUCGCUCGAUUCUGGAAGAGCGGUGCCUACGAGAAAGUCGACUCGACUGCAUCCAAUGUUGAUGCAACUCAGGCUACUGCACCUGCAGAGGGAGCAUCCGAUGGGAAACAGGCCGUCGGCGGCGUAAAAGAGACAUUGAGCCCUGCAAUGGAUAUUCUGGUUUCAAGUAACUUCGAACGUUUGUUGUGGUAUCUUGCAGACGAGGGAUCAGAGACAUCAACUGAAGACCCUAGGGAGCGCAGAAGGCAAGCAUGCGAGAUUGUGGAUGGCUGGAUGAAGAAAGUUAAGAGCGAUGGUCGUGUGGAGGUCCCCACAAAAGUACUGGAGUUGGCUAGGCGGGAUUUCUUAGCGGAGAGGGUUUCAGAUGAGGAGACAUUGGAAACGAUUCGGUACUACUUCAAGUCUGAGCCAUCGUACGUUGCGGAUCCUCACACAGCUGUUGGUCUAUCUGCCGCUCAACGGCUAGCUGUAAACAACCCGCCAUCGACUCUUCAAGUCGUCCUAUCUACCGCGCACCCAGCCAAGUUUGCCGAGGCCGUUACACAGGCACUUCAAAAUGAACCCAACUUUAAUUUUGAGCGUGAUCUUCUUCCGGAAGAGUUUAGAGGACUCUUGGAUCGGAAGAGGAAUGUCAUCGAUGUUGAAGCUGCUGAAGUUGAUUUAGUCAAGAGAGUCAUUGAGCAGUACGCUGAGAACGAUGACACGGAAAGAGGAGGUGCGAUUCCUAGACGAAGUGUAUAAAGAAAUUUUAUUGUUGUUAGUUAAUACAGGAAUUUGCGUUUGUUCGCUACAUCGUUAUCGUUGUGUCAUGAAGCAAUAUGCGUCCGAGAUUUCAAGGCUAUUGCAUUUAAA